GUGACGUCAUCGCGUUUCGGAAGACCCAACCCAACAGGAAGACAACAGAUUUCUCUGUCCUUUUGCUACGAUGAAAAUUUAGUAUUACACAAGUAUUGACAUUAUUUCCGCCGAAAGGCCAACAAAUUAAUAAAAUGCCCUUAUUUGAUGGGCUGGGAAGCGGAGGAGAGAAGACUGCGAUCGUCAUUGACUUGGGAGCAGCAUACACAAAAUGCGGCUUUGCAGGGGAAACGGGGCCCAGGUUCAUAAUUCCGAGCGAGAUCCGGAAACCGGGACAGCAACAGGCCAUCAACGUGGUUCAGUACAACAUCAACACAGAAGAGCUUUAUGUCAUCCUCAAAGAAUUUAUCCAUUUGCUGUACUUCAGGCACCUGCUGGUGAACCCUCGCGACAGAAGAGUGGUCAUCAUCGAGUCCAUCCUCUGCCCGUCUCACUUCAGGGAGACGCUCACCAAAGUUUUCUUCAAACAGUUUGAGGUGCCAUCUGUGCUGUUUGCCCCAAGUCACCUCAUGGCCAUCAUGACUUUGGGCAUCAACUCUGCUCUGGUGAUGGACUGUGGCUACACAGAGACGCUGGUGCUACCUGUUUAUGAGUGCACUCCUAUUCUGCCAGCAUGGGAGGCUUUGCCUUUGGGAGGGAAAGCCAUCCAUAAAGAAUUAGAAGGAGUUCUUGUGGAACAGUGCACUGUUGACACGGACACCACCACUGGGCAGAGUGUACCAGCUGUCAUUGGUACCAUCUCAGAGGAGACUGUGGAGGAUAUCAAGGUCAGAACAUGCUUUGUCAGUGACCUGCAGAGAGGCCUCAAGAUCCAAGAAGCCAAAUUUAACCUGGAUGGUACAGCUGAACGUCCCGCCCCUCCUCCAGAUGUGGAUUACCCUCUGGACGGUGAGAAAAUCCUUCACGUCAAAGGACCAAUCAGGGACUCUGUGAUGGAGAUCCUGUUUGAACAGGACAAUGAAGAGAAGAGCGUUGCCUCGCUGAUACUCGACUCUCUGGUCAAGUGCCCCAUCGACGCACGUAAGGUGCUCUCAGAGAACCUGGUGGUGAUCGGAGGCACAGCCAUGCUGCCAGGUUUCCUGCACCGUCUGCUGGCAGAGAUACGCCUCCUGGUUGAGAAACCCAAGUACCGUGACGUGCUGGCCAGCAAGAGCUUGCGUAUACAUGCUCCGCCUGCCAAGCCCAACUGCACCGCCUGGCUCGGAGGUGCCAUCUUCGGGGCGCUGCAGGACAUCCUGGGCAGCAGGUCGGUGUCAAGAGACUACUACAACCAGACAGGCCGUAUCCCUGACUGGUGCUGCUUGAGCUCCCCUCCUCCCGAAUCGCUCUACGAAGCAGGAAAGACCCCUCCUCCACUUAUGAAGAGAGCCUUCUCCACAGAGAAGUAGAAACCCGUUGUGACAUAAUUCAAACAAUGUUCUCUCCUUUUACCCUCAUAGAAGAGUUCUGUAAUCUUACAUAUAAAAGCCCAACACAAAUCUUGUUAACGUGUUAACUGCAAAAACAGCUCUAGGUGUCUGUAAUGUCUAUGUUUUUGUAUGUACUGAUUGAGGUCUGUUUGAUGAUCAGGUGAGCUGGUUUCUGACCUCACCAGACAGAAGAAAUGUUGGGACUUUAUGCAUUGAUGUUCUACAGAAUUUAAGUAACUUCUGUUUCCUUUGAAGUCUCACUGAGAUGAGUCUGUACAUGUUAACUCUCACUCUCACUACACUUUGUUUUGGAUUGUGUUGGCAGUGGAACUGAAGAAAUCCAGAGUAUUCAGCAGAAAUGUCUCUGGUCAUUACCAACUUUGAGUUUUUAGUCAUCUAGUUGUCAGCAAAAUGACAGAAUGUUGCAAAAUGUUGGAGAAAACCUUAUUCCAGUGUGAUGUAUGACAAGUGUGGAAAUCUGACAACGUCCCACAGAGUUUCAAUACAAAAACAAACCAAGUUUCACUUAUUUAUUGUUCGGACUUAAUAAAGGCCCCGUACACUCAAA